AGCCCAUGGAGUUGGUAUUUCCCGACCUGCGUGAGCAAGGCAGACAGAGCUAGCUAGCUAACAUUCGCAGCUCAUUUGAACUUGGUACAUGUUGAAUAGCAUAUGCUUUUUACAAGGACAACCUCGCUUUAGAAAUGUUGAGGGAUUGAGCGACGCAAUGUAAACAUAAAAGUCCAUAGAAGGUGAGAAAGAAAUCAGAGCAAACGGCAUAUUUGUGGUUCAUGUGUGCGGCUUUACCAUCAUGAGAACAUUUUACAUUCGUAUACAGCAAACACUACGAGAAUGAUUACUACAUAGCCAUAGGAUAAUGGGCGGUGAUUAUAUCAUGUUGUGAUUUGUGGAUAUAUGCGAGGCUUUUGCUGAUCCGGGUUUAGAUGAUACAAGCGAAGGGAGGACUGAAGCAAGUUUUUAACUUGAGGACAAGUUAUGCCGAAACAGAAAUCAAGAGGUAGUGUCAGAGACCAAGAAAAGACCAAGAAGGAAUAUGAAAGACUUCCACCACAGACGGUUUCACAAAAACAACCUCUCGUUCCUUUUCCAACCACAUCACCAUCGGACGAAAAACAGUCCUCUAAACGAAAAUGGGGACGGAAGCCCGACGAAAGCGCCAAAAAGAAACUGAAAAGCCCCCACACCGAGAGAGUGGUGGUUUACCAAUCGAAGGAGGUCAGAAUCGAAAAGCUUCAAAAGGACGUUGACGAGGUGAUCGACCUUGUGCGCACCAAUGUCGAUGGAAUCUUAGAGAGGGAUGCGAAAGUCGAAGACUUGGAGAUCGCGGCCGACCGGCUUCACGGUGCGGCUUUGGAGUUCAAGAAAACUGGAAAAGUUGUAAUGGUGAGAUACUGGUGGAGAAACAACCGCUGCUUCGUAAUUUUCGGCAUUCUUAUAUUAAUUGCCAUACUUGUCGGCCUCGCCGUCUGGAUCCCCAAGAUGAUUCGAUCCCAUGACUCAACGGCUGCAGCUGAUCCUCCAGUGGCAAAUGUGACCUCUGAACCAUUUCUUAAUGUGUCAGUCAGCUCUACCCCGGAUGCCGGUCUGCCGUCGACAGGGACGUGGGAAAGGAGUAGGACGAGGUUCCCGCCUGGUCGAAGGGAUGGAGGAUGAUCUGAUGAUUACCUUCACUCUCCAAAAGAUUUAUCAGCAAACAUUCUAUUAUGUAGACUCUAUCUAAGUUAUUGGUUGAUUUGAGCAAUUUUUUAUCGGUCGGACAAGUUAUAUUAACCAUUAACAUAAUAAGUUAUUCGAUGGCGUUCGAACGAACUGUGAUAUUCUUCUGCUUCCAAGAACACAAUAUAUAUACGACGGUUUGGUCCAAGAUCGUUCUCAAAAUGGAGUAUCAUUUCGUGAUUUGUUUUCAAAAUUUAUUCUUCAGUCCAAACGACUUCCAUAAUGCGCUCUUCCAUUUUUAUUUGAUAUGCAACAGUCACUUCAAUGAAAUCGAACCCAAAACCCGGAAUCAUGAAAAAACUUCUCAAAUAGUCAAAAUGCUUAUAGCAAAAAUACUUAACUUAAGUGUCGUGUGGAAAAUUAAACCAAAGUUAAGUUAACGCAUGCAUGCAUAGCUAUUUGUUUAGGUAACCACAAUCGCCAUAUUUGGUAUUCCAUGAACGUACACCGACAAACCAAACUUUAAACAAUGAGUUAGGACAGCUUAAUAUUGUUUUAAACAGCAUCAUAUUGUUAUAAAAAUGGAUUUUCGUGAAAUGUUUCACUUUCGUCAAAGAGAUUUCAUUUGGAGACGAUAUGUAUCCCAUUUAGCGAUAUGUAUAUGAAAGGGGUAUUUAAGUCAUUGAGAAAUGGAAAUCGAUGAAUACAAAACCAAGUAGCUCUCUAAUGAAGUUUUUUGCUGAAGUCAAGAAUUUGAAAAUGUUUGAUUCUAGUUUGUAUUCACUCCACCUCAUAUAUCAUAGCUGUUCACGCUGUUUGUGCUUGGAGUUUCUGAAGAGCAAUUAGUUUGUCCAAGGUCGUUAAUUGCUGUAUCGUGUAAAUAAUUCAAAGCGGCGUACUAUCUACUAUUAUGUAAUAUUACUACAGUACUUGAACUAUCUACUAUUGUCAUGUCGUCUAAUUAUUAAGGGGCUGUGUCAAUGAAACUGU